GGAAAUCACUGAGGGUGGAAAGGAAACAGAGGGAGGGAUCAGCAGCCCAGAGGAGUCCAGACACACUGAGAUCUGGAUGUUUUGUGGUUCAAGACAAGUUUGACUUGUGUCUGUUGGUUUUUCUUUCUCUGCAGCAUGAUGGGGUUAAGCUCAGCUGAAGACUCUCACGGCUCUCUGGAGGUCAGCCACCUGAGGAUGGUCCUGCUGGGGAAGACUGGAUCAGGAAAGAGUUCUACAGGAAACACCAUCCUGGGACGAAAAGCUUUCACCUCAGAGAUGUCUGCCUCCUCUGUGACAGAGACAUGUGAGAGACAAACUGGCCACUUUGAUGGAAGAUCUGUGAGUGUGGUGGACACCCCCGGUGUGUUUGACACGGUGAUGAAGGACGAGCAGCUAAAGAGGGAGAUAGAGAAAUGUCUCCAGCUGUCUGCCCCAGGACCACACAUAUUCCUGCUGGUGGUCAGACUGGAUGUACGCUUCACACAAGAGGAGCAGAAGACUGUCAUGUGGAUCACAGACAACUUUGGAGAGGAAGCCUCAGAAUACACACUGGUGCUCUUCACUAGGGGAGAUGAGCUGAAGGACAAGUCUGUUGAGACUUACUUAAAGAAAAGUCCUGAGUUCAAAAAGUUCAUCAGAGACUGCACAUCUGGCUACAUUGUGUUUGACAACACACGCAUGGAAAAUCGCACUCAGGUGGCUGAUCUGUUUGAAAUGAUAGACAAGAAAGUGGAGUUAAAUGGUAACUAUUACACCAGGAUCAUGUUCGAAGAGGCUCAGAAAAAGAUGAAAUCAAAGGAAUGGUGGAGCAAGUGGGGAGGCUUCAUGAGAACUGCAGGGACUCAGGUGGCUGUGACAGCAGCAGCAGCAGGAGUAGCUGCAGCUGCUCCUGCUGCUGCUGCUGCUCUAGUGGCAGAGGAAGCUGCAGCUACAUCCUUAACAUCUACUUUAACGUUUGCAGCUGGGUGGAUUACAAAAGGCCUCAGGAGGGGGAUGUAACCACAAGAAAACAGCUGAGUCAUGUAAAGCCAUGAGCCUUUAAGUAAACCUGUAAAGUCCUACCAUUGAUUGCCUUUUAUUGUAAUCACAGCUUCCCUGCUUUGAGUGAUAAAUGAACCUGUUUUUGAUAAAUCUUCUAAACGUUGAUGCUGUUCACUCUUAUCCUGAAUAUCACUUUGUGUGAACACUAUUGUACAUAUUCUGUUUGAUUUGUAAGAAUAAAAAAACAAUGUGAUAACUUUAAAA